CCUCGGUAACCGGAAGCGACGCCUCACGAAGCCCACAGCAAACAGCGAGCUCUGAUUUACGGCGUGUUUAGUCGCUCUGAUGCGACUUAACACCAAACUUAACACCAAACAAAAGACGUCAAGGUGAUGGCUGUUUAUUUUGAUCACCGUAUUGAUGCACCGGACAGUGACAGAGAGACGACUCUAAUCACGUGGCACACUGCUCAGCCCUUAUUGGCUGUCGGCUCCUUUAGCCCCGCCUCCGGAGGCUGUGUAGACAUUUACCUGCAACAGGGUGAGCGUGUAGAGUUGUGUCAUGUGGAGCGUGUGUGUCAUGCGGUCCUUUUGCGUUGGCAUCCCACUAAACCGGUGCUGGCUGUGGGCUGGGAAACAGGAGAAACUCUACUGCUCACACACCCUCAUGGAGAAAACACACCCCUGCCCAACAACACACACACCGCCUGUAUCACACUGCUGGAGUGGAGCUGCAAUGGAGCCAGACUGGUCACAGGAGAUCAGACAGGGGUGCUGGUUGUGUGGAAGCUGGAUGCUCGGGGAAGACUGAAUGGAACACACAUAACGAAACAGACCUACAAUAAACCCUUAACCAACUGCAUCUUCAGACCCACACCACCCACAGAAGACGUUGCAAUGUUGGCAAAAGCAGCGGUCAGUGGUGAUGAAGAGGCUCUGGAUAAAUUUAAUUGGAAGAAAAGUGGUAAAAGGGGCGGAGUUUGGUCUCCUGGUUCACAAGAAGGACUCAUCAUCUACGUUAGCACUACUGAUGGUUCUGUGUACAGUGUGGAUGAGCACGGCCGUAGUGUACACUUGCUGACUGUAGAGGGCAACGUGCAGAAACUGUGUUAUUUGGAGCGCAGGGCCGUACUUGCUGUUGUCACAGACUCCCUGCUGCUCUCACAGUUCAGCCUCGAUUCAGAAGGUGGCGCUCAGGAGCUCAGCAAGGUGAAGCUAAGUGGUAGGGGAGGUCAGAGCCUAGACAUGGUGUGGACGGAGACUGGCCUGCUAAUCACUGCAUCAGGAGAUCAGAUCAUCAGGUUGUGGGAUCUGGAGAGAGAUGAUAACUAUGUCUUGUCUCUGGAUGAAAAACUUGGCUAUGAGAAAGGAGAGCUGCUCAACUGUGUGUCCUUCUGUUCUGCUAAAGCGGUCCUUGCAGCAGGCACCAGUAGGGGGCGUGUCGCUAUGUGGCAGAUGGUGACACUGACCAAUCAGAAAGAAGAAACAAAAACUCAGUGGAGGUUACAGACACCUACAGAACUGGAGGGAAACAUUACACAGUUACAGUGGGGAUCCAGUUUGCAGCUCUUGGCGGUGUGUAACAGCAGUACGGUGUUAAUUCUGAGUGAACAUGUGAUGAGUUCUCACUACAACCAGCAGGGGGCAGCAAUGCAGCUCUCACCCACACAGAUCAGCCUGACCUGCUUCACCUCUAACACACACUUUACACUGCGCACAGACACACAUGUCAGAGCUGUGCAGGUCACCAAGGACACAGUGACUGUGUGGGACGGGAGGAAUGUAACAGUGUAUGAGAAAUCAGGACAGUCUCUACGCAGCAUAGCUUCUUUUCAGUGUGACUCUGCUGCUCUGGCAGUUCAUGAAGAGAAUAUUUAUACUGUCGAGCCGAACCGAGUGCAAGUCCGCACACAACAAGGCACUGUAAAGCAGCUUCUGGUGUUUACAGAGGCAGAGGGGAACCCUGUCAUACUGAGUGUGUGUGGAUUGUACCUGGCUGUAGGGACUGACACCGUUCAUAUCAGAGUGUUUGACCUCUCACGCAGAGAGGCCAAACCACUGUGUAACGCUAAGAACAUGGCUGAACUCAUUCCUGACCUUGGAGCUCUAAAAUCCGUCAAGUGCAAUGCUAAUGGCAGCCAACUGAGCAUGCUGAUCACACAGGUAAAUGGGCGUCCUGCUCACAAGGUCUAUUUCUAUGAUGUGGAGAUGGACACACUCUCUCACUUUGACUUCUUCACUGGUCGACCUUUCAGCGGCCUCUCACAACCCGAUGACAGCCACAGUGCCCAGCAUGCGGAGGCAGAGCUUGCAGGUCGUUAUCCAGUCUCUCAGUUUUGGGAUGAGAGUGAGCCACGCCUCUUUGUGUGUGAAACGGUUCUUGUGAACUCAGAGUACCGCAUCACCAACCAAUCACAUGCCACAGACAAGGUGGACGUGUCGGUGGUGACGUUCUUUAUGACCCAGGAGCAUGGACUCCUCCUACACGACUCUCAGCCCAGACCAGCUGCUCUACAGGGAUUACUGGCACUGGAUACACCAUACUACUACUACACCUGCAAGCCAGGACAGCUGGACACAACGUCCCCGACCCCUGCCGCAGUUCCCUCCUCCAGCCAUAUGGUGGUGCGGCGAGCUUUGCGUGACUUUGUUGGUUUGGAGAGCUGUGAGAAGCAGACCAGAGAUGCCAUGCUGAACUUCAGCUUCUACCUCACCAUCGGGGACAUGGAUGAGGCCUUCAGAGCCAUCAAGCUCAUCAAGAGUGAGGCUGUAUGGGAGAACAUGGCUCGUAUGUGUGUGAAGACUCGCCGUCUUGAUGUGGCGCGCGUGUGUCUGGGAAACAUGGGUAACGCCCGAACAGCUCGAGCUCUCAGAGAGGCGGAGAAAGAGCCGGAGAUGGAGGCACAAGUCGCAAUGCUCGCUACACAACUCGGCAUGUUGGAUGAAGCCGAGGCUCUGUAUCGUUCCUCUGGGAGGUUUGACCUGUUGAAUAAGUUUUAUCAGGCACGUGGUGAUUGGCAGAAAGCCAUCGAAACGGCUGAGAGUCACGACCGCAUCCACCUGCGCACCACCUACUACAGCUACGCACAACACCUGGAGAACACAGGAGACAAGAGCCUGGGGGUUACCUAUUACGAGCGUUCUGAUACACACCGGUUCGAGGUUCCCCGCAUGCUGAUGGAGGACAGUGUGUCUCUGGAGCUCUACAUCAACAAGAUGAAGGACAAGUGCCUGUAUAAGUGGUGGGGUCAUUAUCUGGAGAGCCAAUCAGAGAUGGAGUCUGCGCUGCGUUACUAUGACUACGCUCAGGAUUACCUGUCUCAAGUGCGUGUGCACUGCUACCUGGGGAACAUCCAGAAGGCGAGCGAGAUUGCCAACGAGACGGGUAACCGAGCGGCAUCCUAUCACGUGGCACGGCAGUACGAGAGUCAGGAUCAGAUCAGCCAAUCGGUGCACUUCUACACACGGGCUCAGGCGUACAACAACGCCAUCCGUCUGUGUAAGGAGAACCACAUGGACGAGCAGCUGAUGAACCUGGCGCUGCUCAGCAACCCGGAGGACAUGAUGGACACGGCUGCCUACUACGAGGAGAAGGGGGAGCACAUGGACCGAGCCGUCAUGCUGUAUCACAAGGCUGGUUGUGUAUCUAAAGCUCUGGAGUUGGCGUUCAGUACAGAGCAGUUUGGAGCACUGCAGCUGAUUGCAGAGGAACUGAAUGAGAACAGUGACCCAGCCGUGCUCACUCGCUGCUCUGACUUCUUCAUCAAACACACACACUACCACAAGGCUGUACAGCUGCUAGUGGCUGCCAAGAAGUAUCAUGAGGCACUUCAGUUGUGUUUGGACCAGAACCUGACCAUCACAGAGGAUCUGGCUGAGAGCAUGACCGUGUCACAAAGCUCCGCCCACCUCUCAGAGGAGGAGCGUAAGGAACUGCUGGAGCAAAUCGCAGACUGCUGCAUGCGCCAGGGCAACUAUCACCUAGCAACCAAGAAAUACACACAAGCUGGGAAAAAGAUCAAGGCGAUGCGAGCGUUGCUGAAGUCAGGUGACACGGAGAAGAUUGUGUUCUUUGCUGGUGUGUCUCGUCAGAAAGAGAUCUACGUGAUGGCGGGGAAUUACCUGCAGUCUCUGGACUGGAGGAAAGAUCCAGAAAUCAUGAAGAACAUCAUCAGCUUCUAUACAAAAGGACGUGCGCUGGAGCUGCUCGCCGGCUUCUACCAGGCCUGUGCACAGGUAGAGAUUGAUGACUAUCAGGACUAUGAGAAGGCAUAUGGUGCUCUCAAUGAAGCCUAUAAGUGUCUGUCCAAAGCCAAGAGUCGCCAUGGAGAUGAGACAGACGAGCGACUCACACAACUCACACACCAUCUCACACUCAUCAAGAGAUUCAUACAGGCGCGCAGACUGUAUGAACAGGACCCUGCAGCAGCUCUCUCUGCGUGUGAGUGUUUGUUAGAGGAGUGUGAUCUGGACCCUGCAGUGAGAGUAGGAGACGUGUUCGGCUUCAUCAUCGAGCAUCACUGUCAACACGGCAGCUACCAGAAGGCAUGGAUGAAGCUGGAGGAGCUGAGACGUUUACAUCCCUCAGUGAACGUGAGUGUAUACGUGAGCGCUCGCAGUCUGGACGCUCUGCAGGACGCCGUCGGAGUAAGAAUCAACCAUGGAGACACUACACACACUAACACACUCAGCCGAGAUGCAGACAACACACACACACGCACACAGAGUGACGGAGAGGACGAGGACGAAGUGGAGGAGGACGAGAACCUCAAUGACUGAGGGGUGUUUAACACAGAACACACACACACACACACACACACACACACACACACACACAUGUGGGAUCAGUCCUGAGCUUUAAACUUAAUGGUUAGUGUGUUGCCUUCAGGAAUGGACAUCCCACACACACACACACACACACACACACACACACAAUAAUUGUCAUUAUUUUUUUUAUUUUCUUAUUAAUUUACUACACAUUUUAUACCUUUUACACACAGUUUGUAAGACCCACACGCCCUGGAAUGUUUUGUAUUAUUCCUUGUAUAGAUUGUAUUUCUAUUUUAAUAAAAGCUUUGAACUCCUAAAACAA